AUGGCCGUGGCACCUGUGUUGUCGCUUUCAUUGCUGGCAUGUUCCUUCUUUGCAGUCGUCCUCAGCCAGACGUGCAAUCCGUUCCUUCCACACUGCAGAGACAAGGGUCAAUCAUCGUCAGAGAUGGCAAAGCCAAAGUGCAAACCCCGUUACCUCAUUGCAGGGAAAGCGACCGAUUGCACCAAACCUGGCCGCCAAAAAAUCAUCGACAUUGAUGUCACUACUGUGGUCAUACGGCCCAAUCCACCACAAUUUCCUGGUUGUCUUACGGUGGAAUUCGUGGUCAAUGUACGUAGCAACAAUUUACCUCAAAGCUUCUUCACCAAAGUUGAAUUCGCUUCCUUUAACAUACCGCAAAUAUCGAAACUGCCUUGCUUCAAUGCGUUGGACAACGGGUGCGGCGGAUACGGCAAUAACUGCUACUACUGUGACGUGUGCAACGUGCUUGGAGAGCUGCAGGCGAACCGAAACCUGAAAGGAGAAUUUGCGUCGCAGUUCGGAGACGUGAGAUGUCCCCGUCAGCCUGGUCGUUACAAGGUGCAACGAAAAAUUUGCCUCGAC